CGGCGGCUUCCGUCGGUUCCCGCCGUUGGCCGAGUGCCGGUGGCAGCGCUGAGGAGGAGACGGCGCCGCCGCCAUGAGCCGCAGCUACAACGAUGAGCUGCAGUACUUGGACAAGAUCGACAAGAACUGCUGGCGGAUCAAGAAGGGCUUCGUGCCCAACAUGCACGUGGAAGGUGUUUUCUACGUAAACGACCCGCUGGAGAAGCUGAUGUUCGAGGAGCUGCGCAACGCCUGCCGUGGCGGAGGUGCAGGUGGCUUUUUGCCUGCCAUGAAACAGAUUGGGAAUGUGGCUGCAUUACCUGGCAUUGUUCAUAGAUCAAUAGGCCUUCCAGAUGUCCAUUCUGGCUAUGGGUUUGCCAUUGGCAACAUGGCUGCCUUUGACAUGAAUGAUCCUGAAGCAGUGGUGUCACCAGGUGGGGUGGGGUUUGACAUCAACUGUGGUGUCCGCUUACUGCGUACAAAUUUGGAUGAAAGUGAUGUGCAGCCUGUGAAGGAGCAGCUUGCCCAGGCCAUGUUUGAUCACAUUCCUGUUGGUGUUGGCUCCAAAGGUGUCAUCCCCAUGAAUGCUAAGGAUUUGGAAGAGGCACUAGAGAUGGGUGUGGACUGGUCUCUCCGGGAAGGCUAUGCUUGGGCAGAGGACAAGGAGCACUGUGAGGAAUAUGGAAGAAUGCUGCAAGCUGACCCCAACAAGGUCUCCUCAAGAGCAAAGAAGAGGGGCCUGCCUCAGCUGGGGACUCUGGGAGCUGGAAAUCACUACGCCGAGAUCCAGGUGGUGGAUGAGAUCUACAACGAGUAUGCUGCCAGGAAGAUGGGCAUCGACCACCAAGGGCAGGUGUGUGUGAUGAUCCACAGUGGCAGCAGAGGCCUGGGCCACCAAGUUGCUACAGAUGCAUUGGUGGCUAUGGAAAAAGCUAUGAAACGAGACAAAAUCAUAGUGAAUGAUCGGCAGCUGGCGUGUGCCAGGAUUGCUUCUGCAGAGGGACAGGAUUACUUGAAGGGAAUGGCAGCUGCUGGGAACUAUGCGUGGGUCAACCGCUCUUCUAUGACUUUUCUAACAAGACAGGCCUUUGCCAAAGUCUUCAACACAACCCCAGAUGACCUUGAUAUGCAUGUUAUCUAUGAUGUGUCUCACAACAUUGCCAAAGUGGAGCAACACGUAGUAGAUGGGAAGGAGCGGACCCUGCUGGUGCACAGAAAGGGAUCAACCAGAGCCUUCCCUCCUCACCAUCCUCUUAUUGCUGUCGAUUAUCAACUGACUGGACAGCCUGUUUUGAUCGGCGGGACAAUGGGCACCUGUAGCUAUGUUCUUACUGGCACAGAGCAAGGCAUGACUGAAACCUUUGGAACUACUUGCCAUGGAGCUGGUCGUGCACUGUCUCGAGCCAAAUCUCGACGUAACUUGGACUUCCAGGAUGUAUUGGACAAGUUGGCUGACAUGGGCAUUGCCAUCCGUGUUGCUUCUCCCAAACUGGUCAUGGAAGAAGCACCAGAGUCUUACAAGAAUGUGACAGAUGUGGUUAACACCUGCCAUGCAGCUGGCAUCAGCAAGAAAGCCAUUAAACUGAGACCAAUUGCUGUUAUAAAAGGCUAGGAAUUGACAAUAGAAGGAACACAACAGCAUCUCCAGGCCUUACACAAAACUGACUAUAAUCAUCAUCUUCCCACACCUCUCAGACUCUUCAGGAUGCUUGGAUCUGUCAUCCCUGUUCUGGAAACAACAUCUGAGGAUCUUUUAACCACUUCUAGCCAUAAUUAAUGCCCACCCCUUGUUAUGUGGUGUUCUUUUCUUGGGAGGAAAGGGCAAAGCAAUGAGUAAGUCGUAUUUCCUACAUACAGUCCCUCCCCCAUUUGUCUGAUAUUUCCACAGGUAGGACUUCAGACUUGCUGAGCUGCCACCAAUUGCUGUGCUGCAAGACCACCUCCAUCAGCAAAGAUGGCUUCUGAACCAGACCUCCUGUCCCCACAUCUGAGUGCCUCUCACUGCAUACAGAAGUACUCUGAUAGGCAGGAUAUGGUGCUUCUGGGCAGGGAGAGGUUGCUCUGUUUGCAGAUAAUGCAUAGUCUGUGUUGUUGCACGCUUCAUGUCAGUUGGGUAAGAAAUCUGGGGCUGGGAGUAGUCUCCCACUUGGGUGGGAGGGGUUGCCCUCUUCCCCUGCCCUCUCCCGUUCAGCAGCACCUGCUGUACUUGGCUCAGUAGAAGUAGGUGUUCCACAGUCUUCUGAAAAUGCUAUUAAGGACUGAGGAUUUUGCCUUGAGAGGUUUUGUUUGCUCAGUAAAAGCUGUACCUUAACAACUUACAGAUGUGCAAAUCCAACGUGUAAAAGUUGUAUUGGAUGAUAUUGCAUUCUGUGUCCUGCAGCUCUGAUUUAAAUGAGUCCAGUUGCAGGGUCAGACCCAGUACAACAUGGCUUCUGAUGUUUCUUUUAAAUCCAUUAAUCAGGACUGGAGGGGAAACUGACCAUCCCCACUGGAUCAUUUUUGAGGACUAAAAAUAAAAUGGGAAGAUGGAUGCUG